AUGGGGAAAGAAGGUAAUGGUUUAAAUCGAAGUAGGAGGGGAACAAAGCAUCCCAGCUAUGUAGGCAAAGAAGGAAGUAGUGUAAAUGCAAACAGGAGGGGAACAAAACAUCCUAUAUAUAUAGGUGUGAGAAAGAGAAAGUGGGGACUGUGGGUGUCAGAAAUCAGAGAGCCGAGGAAGGAAAAGAGGAUAUGGCUGGGCUCAUUCCCAACACCAGAGAUGGCUGCUCGUGCACACGAUGCAGCUGCUUUUGCCUUAAGAGGCGAUUCAGCUAAUUUCAAUUUCCCUGAAUCGAUUAAAUCCCUUCCUCUGCCUGCAACUUCUUCCACAACAGAUAUUCAGGCUGCUGCUGUGGAAGCUGCAUACUCUUUUCAACACCAAGAGAACCAAGAAGUACCACAACUGUGCACCAAAACCAAUGAUGAUGAUAACAACAAUGGUUUUCUUGAGUCGGAGCCCACUAUACACAAUCAAUCAGUGUCCACUGAUGUUUCAGGAACUGGAAACGAAAUCAAUGAGAUGGUGGAUUCCUGGCUUGAUUGGCCAAACUUGCUAAUGAAUAUUGCAGAUGGAGUACAGAUUGGAUUUUCUGUUCUCUUUCAUAACCCAUUUACUGGAGAAGAAGAACAAGAUCAUCAAUUUACAUCUCUUUGGGAUUUCACUUAG